CCAGGAAAAGUAUGGGUGGUCAUAGUGGCAUGAAAAGGAAAUCCUCUGAACUGUCUCCUCACACUCCAGGCAGUUGUAACAAAAAGAGUAAAAAUAGUGUUUCUAGCACAGCAGAGAUGGACAGAAGUGAGGAGGAGGUAGUGGAAAAGAGUUCUGAACAGAAGUCUAACAAAGAAAAUGAUACUACUCAUGAAGGCAAAGGGAAGGAGAAAAGUAAUACGAAAUCGAAAUCUAAUAAAGCAACAAGAGAAAAAGAAAACAAGUCCACAGUGAAGAGUAAACGAAAACUUCUGAGUAAUGAUGAAACAGAGCUAAUAAACAGUCAUGUCAGUUCAGUGGAAGAAAAACCUGAUCCUGGUAUGGCUUGGUUUUUCCCUUCUUUAGGAGGAGGCAAGGGUGCUGACCCUGGUGCAGAUUAUGAUCCCUCUAAAGCCAAGUACAAUCCUGUGGAAGAUGCAUUCUGGAAUCACAACAACAAAGUUCCAUAUUUAGCAUUGGCCAGAACUUUGGAGAUGAUUGAGAAUACUUCAUCCAGGCUGAAAAUGAUUGAGAUUUUGUGCAACUUUUUCCGCUCUGUCAUUGUUCUGUCUCCUGGAGACCUGCUGCACUGUGUGUACCUGUGCCUCAACAAGCUGGCUCCAGCCUACCAGGGGGUGGAGCUUGGGAUUGGGGAGACAGUCCUCAUGAAAGCUAUAGCUCAAGCAACAGGCCGGAAUGUGGACAAAAUAAAAGAGGAGGUACAGGAGAAAGGUGACCUGGGCAUCAUUGCAGAGAACAGCCGCAGUAACCAGAAGAUGAUGUUUGCUCCACCAAAACUAACAGUAUCCAUGGUUUUCUCAAAAUUGAAGGAAAUCGCAUCCAUGUCUGGCAAUUCUGUGAUGGCUAAGAAAAUUGAAAAGAUCAAGGGGAUGUUUGUAGCCUGCCGACAUUCAGAGGCUCGCUACCUGGUCAGGUCACUGGGAGGUAAACUGCGCAUCGGUUUAGCAGAACAGUCAGUGCUUACUGCCCUUGGUCAUGCAGUGUUCCUUACUUCUCCUGGACAAGAUUUCCCUCCUGCACAGCUGGAUGCUGGCAAGGGCCUCAGUUCUGAUGUUUUAAAAAAGAAACUGGAUGAAGCAGCCAUGAUGAUCAAAACUGCAUACUGUGAACUGCCCAGCUAUGAUGCUAUCAUUCCAGUACUUCUGGAACAUGGUCUGCAUGAGCUGAGGUCACACUGUAAACUGACUCCAGGCAUUCCUCUGCGACCCAUGCUUGCUCAUCCAACUAAAGGAGUCAGUGAGGUUUUGAAACGGUUUGAGAACAUGGAGUUUACAUGUGAAUACAAAUAUGAUGGCGAGAGAGCACAGAUCCACAUUUUAGAAGAUGGUAAAGUCCACAUCUAUAGCCGGAACUCAGAAGACAACACCAGCAAGUAUCCAGACAUUAUCCGCCGGAUACCUAAAGCUUUGAAACCUGAAGUCAAGGCAUGUAUCAUUGAUGCAGAAGCAGUGGCUUGGGAUGUAGAGAAGAAACACAUACUGCCUUUUCAAGUGCUGAGUACCAGGAAACGUAAAGAUGCAGAAGAAAGUGAGAUUAAGGUUCAGGUUUGUGUGUAUGCCUUUGACCUGCUCUACUUCAAUGGUGAAUCACUUGUUGACCAGCCAUUCAGGAGGAGGAGGGAACUCUUGCACUCUUCAUUUGAGGAGGUGGAGGGAGAGUUCAUGUUUGCCAAGUCUAUGAUCUCUUCAAAUACUGAAGAAAUUGAAGUAUUUUUGGAUGAAUCUAUAAAAGGAAAUUGUGAAGGUCUGAUGGUGAAGACACUGGAUGUUGAUGCUACAUAUGAAAUAGCAAAACGCUCACAUAAAUGGCUCAAGCUCAAGAAGGACUACCUGGAAGGUGUAGGGGACACACUGGAUGUUGUGGUGAUAGGUGGAUACCUGGGUACUGGCAAGAGAACUGGCAAAUAUGGAGGUUUUUUGCUUGCUUGUUACGAUGACACGAAUGAAGAAUUCCAGUCAAUUUGUAAAAUUGGUACUGGCUUCACUGAUGAAGAUCUGGAAACACACUUCAACUUCUUCAGGGAUCAUGUGAUAGACAAGCCCAAGCCAUACUUUGUUUGGGACAGCUCACAUCAGCCAGACCACUGGUUUGAACCAGUUCAGGUGUGGGAGAUCAAAGCUGCUGACCUGUCAAUCUCACCUACUCACAAGGCUGCCAUGGGACUGGUGU